AUGUUAGAUAAUAAAGCAAACAAAAACCAUACACAUAACUCCUUCUCAACUGUUGCUAUAGAAAGUAUUGAAGGAACGGUUGAAGGAACUGGUGGGGAGGGCGGAGCCCCGCCGCACGCGGCUGCUUUAUAUUAUAAACCUCCUAACUUUCCACAAGGUUUAACAUCGAAUGAAAACAUAACAACGAAGAAAGAAAUUAGCUGUAAAAAUGUUUAUGUCAUGGACGAUGAAAAUAAUGUUAAAUUCACUGCUCAAGAUUUAUAUGAUAAUAAAGCUGACAAGAACCAUACACAUAAAUCCUUCACUACUGUUAGAGCAGACGACAUAAUAUUGAACUUUGACCUUGGUUCAAGUGCACCUUUAGAGAAUCCAAGCACUAGUGUAAAAGACACGCUUAACAGUUUAGAUAACAGUUGCAGGAACAUUGAAGGUCAUGCCAGAAACUUUGAAGCACAUGAACUACCAGCAAUGUUAGAUAAGAAAGCAGACAAAACAGAGCUUCAAACAUUAAAGACUGAAAUACUUCAAACAUUAUAUCCUAUAGGCUCUAUUUAUACGUCAAUGAACUCAACAAAUCCAGCAAGUGUUUUAGGUUUUGGUACGUGGAAGCAGAUUGUAGAUAAAUUCUUAUACUGUGCUAGAUAUUCAAAGCAAACAGGAGGCUCGAAGAAAAUUAAAGAAGCAAACCUUCCACCGCACACUCAUACAGGAACUACAAACUUUUCUGGCGACCAUAGCCACUCAUUAAGAGACCACCCAUUAUACAACUCAGAAUAUGAAGCUGGCAAUGACGUUUUAUCUCCAUCUUAUAACAAUUCAGCAAAAAAGAUUUUUCGACCAACUGAACCAGGAGGAAAUCAUUCACACACUUUCACAACAAAUCCAACAGGCUCGGGUGCAGAUUAUAUGCCACUAUUUGUGACUGUAUUCGCAUGGUACCGUGUUCAAUGA